AUGAAAGAUUUAUCUAAUGCGGAUCUUAAUGUAUUAGUAGGGUUGAAGGUUGAUAUGAGAGAACAUAAUUUUGAGAACAUUAGGAUUAGAGACACCUCUUUAAUUUGUGCUAAUUUUUUACGAUGCAAUUUUAAUGGAUCUAAUUUUGAUAAUGUUGAUACUAGUGGGAUGAAUUUAAACUAAGCUUAAUUGUUCAAAUGUAAAUGGAAAAAUAUUAAAAUCCAUGAGCUACAUUAAUUAGAUGGUCAUACUUGUUGUGUUCAAUCAAUAUAUUUCUCUCCUAAUGGUACCAUAUUAGCAUCUGGUGGUAGAGAUAACUCCAUACGUUUAUUGAAUAUUAAGACAGGAUAAGAAAAUGCUAAAUUAGAUGGCCAUACAAGCAAUGUUUAUUCAGUUUGUUUCUCUCCUGAUAGUACUACAUUAGCGUCAAGUAGCGCAGAUAAUACUAUCCGUUUAUGGGAUGCUAUGACAGGAUUAGAAAAUGCUAAAUUAGAUGACCAUACAAGUGAUGUUUAAUCAGUUUGCUUCUCUCCUGAUAGUACUAUAUCAGGGAGUGCAGAUAAUUCUAUCAGUUUAUUGGAUGUUAAGACAAAAUAACAAGAAGAAAAAUUAAAUGCUCAUACUAGCAUUGUUUAUUCAGUCUGUUUUUCACCUGAUGGGAGUACAUUAGCAUCUGGUAGUUAUGAUAUUCUAUCCGUUUUUGGGAUGUUAAAAUAGCAUAAUCCAAAACCAAUUUAGAUCGUUCUACUAGUCUUAUUAAUUAAGUCUGCAUUUCUACUGAUAGAACUAUAUUAGCAUCUUGUAAAGUUGAUAACUUGA